GUAGCUACUAGCAACAAGUCACUGGCGUCUAAACCAAGUUUUGUUUGUUUGAUUUUUUUGUUUUUUUAAAUUCCAGAUCAAAAGAAGAAUCUCAGAAGAUCAGACAAGUACCUUAUCGUUUUCUGAUAAGGUGUGAGGCUGGCUGCUUCCGACUAUCCUCAGUAGUACUUAUGUGAAAUACAUGCAAUAACAGUCAAACUCGUAUUGAGAGGCUAUGUAUUAAGCGGCACCGUAUUUAGCGGUCACCCUGUAUUAAGCACUCGGGUUUCAAAGUUCCGAAAUUUUUACCCUUUUCACCUAUAUUGAGCGUUCCUGGUCACUCUGUACCUAGUCCCAACGGCUUGUCCCAAGUGAAUUUUUUUUCUGAGCACCAAAGAGAAAAUCUUAAACAGUGGACAGCUAAGGUAUUCAUCAGAGUUAUUUAGUCAACAUUUCAUUUCCCUUUAGAUUCAAGAGUCACUGAUGGAUUACACCUGGCAACAAAGCUUGGUGCUGGAAUUCUUCCAGGAACUUACCGCAGCCGUUACGGAGGAAGCUUCCAGUCUAACUGGUAAGUUCUGAUAACCUCAAUAUUAAAUACCUCUCACGGAAGUUCGUGAUUAACUGCAAUCAGUUCGAUUGAGGAUUCUUGGAUAACGUAAGUUGUGCACCCAAUCAACGUUCUUUUGAUUUCAACGUCUGUUUAGUGAACCCCUUUCGAAAAUGUACAUUGGAGUCUUUCGAAUUCUUCGGUCGUUUUUGAUACUAAAAAAGAGAUAAGAUGGAUACCUCUUUUAAGACACGAAGAAGAGUAAUAUCAAUUUAUACCGUUUGUGAAGAGUUAAGUUCUAAAUAUGAUAGCAUGGAGCGCAGGUUAUGCUAACACCGUUCUUCGGGGUCACACUAUUCAUCAAUUUUGAAUUGAGCGUCGAAAGAAAUCUUCGAUUGCUUUGGGUUCGCUUUAUUUCGCAGAGUGACUGGUCCAGAAAAGCCACGGCUUCUUCAUUCGCGUUUUCCGGCGCUCCAGGCAGUUUCCAUGUUUUUACUCUGAGUUCUCAUGGGCCCCUUGUGGUAUUUUCCUCUUAUCUGAUUCGCUGUUGUGACUUCUUUAGUGACGGUUUUACAAAUCAGGAUCGAGAUGUGCGUGGUGUAGGAAGUGUUUUUAUGUUGUUUUUAAGUGCAACCAUCUUGUGGUAGCAAGAGGGGAGCAUUCGAAGCGAUGUAGUGUCGAUUAGAGUUUCGUUCACUGAAAUUUUUUUAGUAAUUUUUUUGUUUUACCCUUGUAGACGAUGAAAACUUACUGAGUGGUCAACUUGACGAGUUAGCAAGUGAUGUGGCCGUGCUGGUGUUUGAGACAGAUGAAGUGCCAUGUAAAGAUAUAGUCAGGUCAGUCAAAUACACGUUUUCAGAGUCGAACACAAAGUGAAUCAAUUCAUAUUUUAAGGUUUGGUAAUCCUUCUAGCAUUACCUUAACCCUAACUGUAAAGCUAUCCAAGAGUAACUUGUUCUUAUUGCUCAUCGGAGGCAAUUACGUUUUUCUUGUUUCUUGUUUUCCUUUCAGUCAUACUCUCGAUGAAGUCAUUUCUUUCCUAUCCUCGUUUGUGACCAAAAUACAAGAAGGCGAUCAUGAUGCUGAACCUAAAGAAGAGUCCAAGGUGUGUUAUGUGUGAAGCAAACUGUUCUCGGAUUUUGUUUGAGGCAUCUUCACAUGUGCCUGAGUGCAGGUCGGGAUUAAGCCUUCACCUUUUUUAUUCAGAUUCAAAGAAGAACGGAAUAAGGGCAGCGUGUUAUAUUUCGACUCUCUCUCGAUCAUGAUCUUGGCAGUCUACUUUGUUAGUUCUAUCAUCAGUCAGUUCUUAAGUUCUUCGCUUUCAGGAGUGACCCAAAAGUUACUUAUCUUUUAAAUUUCUAGAAAUUUAUGGAAAGAAAAGAUAAAUAUCAACCAGGGAUUACAGUUCGAUUCAACACCAAAUUCUUAGAGCUGAAAUAAUGAAAAUGUGUCGUAGAAGUGCGGAUUGUUGAUAGUUCGCCUUUGGCUAGAAAGGUUUAAGCGUUCGCAACUUACUCCAGUCACGCAAACUCAUCCACGCUUACAUUUUGUGUAUUUCGGUAAACCUUAGGCUCAACUGUUUAUUUGUUCAUCAGCGUCUGAAUUUGCAUAGCAGGCGUGCGGAUUGUUAGAGUGCCGCGCUUUUUGGCACAAAAUGAUGAGCUUGCGCAAACCGCUUCAAUUCAUGGGACAGAUUUUCCAGUUUCUAGGUUGUCUGCUCAGUAGAGGUUCCACUGUCUAGGACUGUGACGUAACACACAGCUUUUUUGUUUGUGGUUUAGGCGGAUCCUCCCUAUCUUUCAAGUCAGAAUUAUUUGAUUCGGUCGGCGUGGAACAGAAACUCCUUUUAAAUUCAUUUUAAAUUCGUUUGCCUACUCCUCUGAGACCUGAUUUUCAAGAAAAAACGUAUUUUUCUUCUUCUCCACUAAACAGGUCAUGGCUGCAGCCGACACAAGUGACAAGAAGAUUGCUCAGUAAGUUCUCUUAUUAUCUUUUCUUCACGUUUUUAACAAUGAAACUCAACUCGAAUUACGCUUAGUAAAUGGUAAUCUCUCGAUUAUUUAUGUUUGUGAAAGAGUCUUGCAUAUUUGGUGAACAAAAAAGGGUUCUGCUCGCAGUAAAAAAAAAAGAAGACAAACAACAUGCAACACAAACAAAAAGAAAAUAAGCCUUAACAUUAAUGUUAACAGAGCUCUGGAGAACCAAGGUGGGACACAGAAAAGACAAAGGAAAGAUGAGGUAGAGAAUGAAACAGCAGCAAAAGCAAAACGUCGAAGAAGUGAUAGUAACACUGUGGCACGUUUGCAAGAAGAGAACAAUCUCGCUCAGAAAUGGAAAAUGAAAAAAAUGCAACCACAGAAGCAGCGACUAGAGGCUGAGAGUUAUAAGAUGGAGCAGUCCAAAAGGCAACACCAGGAUUUGCUGCAGGUCGUGCUGCAGCAAACUAAACAGCAACAUGAACAGAUGCAAAAAUUUCAGCGGAUGUUCACCUCAAUGUACGAGCAGCAGUCUCAAAUUAUCUUAAAACUCCUAGAAAAAUAAAUCUAAGGCAUGCCCUGAUUUUGUGCUGUGCAAGAUGAGUGUUGUUUCCAGCAUUUUCAUUUUCAGCAAGUUUUUUAGAAAGAAUUUUCCUUGUUAUAUUGGCUUCAUGUUCAGACUUCUUGAUGGGAAUUAACUUGAUUAAAGACUUAAUGUUACAGACACGGGACGUUGCAAAAUUUUCAGCGGAUGUUCACCUCAAUGUACGAGUAGCAGUCUCAAAUUAUCUUUAAACUACUAGAAAAAGAAAUCUAAGGCAUACCCUGAUUUUUUGCUGUGCAAGAUGGGUGUAGUUUCCAGCAUUUUCAUUUUCAGCAAGUUCUUAAGAAAGAGUGUUCCUUGUUAUAUUGGCUUCAUGUUCAGACUUCUUGAUGGAAAUUAACUUGAUUAAAGACUUAAUGUUACAGACACUGGA